AUGGAAGAGAGCUCGCCGCGUCACAGGGCUGCUUCUUCAUCGCCGCCACUGCUGUCUGCCGUCGUCGCUGCGGAAGCCCUAGCAGCCGUUGCCGCCGCUGCCCUCUUAUCUCAAGCAGUCGAGUUUCUUAUGCAUUACAACAAUGCGUUGGAUGCCCAAAGGAGCAAUAGCAACAGGUUUGAAUAUCAAGACUUCAACACGACUCCAAUGUUGAAAACAAAUUCUGCACUUGAGAGGCAUGCAUCAACAAUCUACAGUGACGGUGGGUUUAAGGCAAUUAAGGAAGAGAUUGAGGAAGCAAUUGAUAUUUGCACCAUGGUAAAAACUUCAAUCGAGGAUGACAGUGAAAUAUAUGUGAUCAAUGACAACCACAUUUUUUGGGUCUUACGAAACAAAAAAUUGAAGCUGGUUCCUGAUUAUUUACAUGGAGGACGUUGGUUGAAGUCUAAUUUUGCCAAGCCUGUUCAUUGUGGUUUUGUUGACGAUAUUGAAAAAGCGCUCAUUAUCGAUGAGGCAGCACAAGAAUGGAGGGAUAUGCAUGGUGAUUAUUUUGAGGUUGCACAGACUAUUAAGGGAAACGUUGACCAAAUUCGUGCAUUCAGACAAAUUAUUGCUGAAGGGAAGAAAGCGAUAUUGGGUGAAGGGAUUGUAUUGUCUAUUAGUGAUAAGAGGCAAAUGACUGAGAAUUUCUAUGGGUCUCAAGCCCCUAGCGAAAUAGAUGUCCAUCCUCCCAACGUUGUCAAAACCAAGGGUUCAGGAAGGCGGCCUCUUACACGUCUUGAGCAAGCUAUGAAGAUGAAGGCAAAGCCUGGUAGUAAAUGUGCCGAAUGCGGCGAGGUUGGUAAUCAUGAUGCAAGAAAUUGCAAAAAUAUUAAGGAGUGGCAGAAGAAAAAGUAA